AUUGCAGAUGUGAAAUGUGAGGAAAUCAGUGGCUAUAGUAAAGGAGCAGGAUACAAAUUAGGGCAGAAAUUUCCCAAAGAAACUGACCACGCCUGGAACAUGGUGUAUCUGGAUGGCAGUUGGCAUCUACUGGACAGCACAUGGGGAGCCGGCCAUGCAGAUGACAAUAUAGACAAUUUUACAUUCUGUUAUAAUGAAUACUACUUCCUGACCCACCCUGCCCUAUUUAUUGGAGAUCACUAUCCAGAAAAAGAGGUAUGUCAGCUACUGGAACCCACAGUGUCUAAAAAGCAUUUUGAAGAGCAUGCUCACCUCCGAAGCAGUUUUUAUGACAACGGACUUGUUUUCUGUCACCCAGAAACAGGGAUUAUUGAAACUGUGAAAGGAAAAGUCUCCAUUACCAUUGAAGCUCAUCAUGGUACGCUCUUUUUAUUUUCACUGGACGGUAAUAAGAGUAAUGGAGUUAUGAAAUUGCUAAACUGCGGGAUGAAGCUUGAUGUUUAUCCCCAGGAAACUGGACAACAUGAGCUUCAGCUUUUCGCCAAGAAACAGGAGAAUGAAGGUUACAACAUGGCUCUGGAUUACAGAAUAGAUUGUAAGUCCAUUGACAAAAACAUGAAGAUCCCUGGAUGUCUUCAUAACCCCACUGGUUCAAGUUGGGUGACUGAGGCGUCUGGACUAGUUCAGCCCUCCCAUCCCGAGCCCAUCAUUUAUACUGAAGAUGGCUGUUGUAGCAUUUGUUUUGUUCUGAAAAAAGACUUACGUUUUCUUUGUUCCUUACACUCUGAUGAAGUAAAAAUAUCACCAGAGAGAGAAGACAGAUCCAUCUUUAUAACACAGGCAGAGGACAAAGUGGAAAUGAGAGUUCGUGUUCCCCAAUCAGGAACCUAUGUGGUGAAGAUUUUUGUCAAGCCUGAAAACAGUGAUAAUACUUCAUACGACUAUCUGUGCAAUUAUCUUGUUAUCUGCACCAACCCCAAAGUGAAGUGGCCAAUGUUUCCUCUAACCUACUCUAACUGGGCUAAACACUAUGAGCUGGUACAGCCUCUGGAUGGUGUUCUACCUAAUAAUAGUAACGUUUCCUUUAAACUCCAAAUUCCCGAUGUGGUUGAAGUGUGUAUUAAUGGGGAGAAUAAUAUCCCCCUGACCCUUUCUAGUGAUGGUUACUGGGAAGGAAACUGCAGUACAACCAACAGAAAAACGCUUGAUGUCAUGGUUCAGUACAAGAAUAAACCAAAUUUAUAUAAUCAUAUCCUAAAAUAUGAUGUUAAAGCAAAAAGUUGA